AAAGCAAGCUGCCAGGGAGGAAAGAGGCUGAUUGGGAAGGCACCGGAUUGGGAGUGAGAUCAGAUCAGCCCCUCCCAGGAGCUGCGGGGAAGCUGCCUGACCGUUAAACUGGGGGAUAUUUGAAAAGAUAAACCCAAACCAAACAAACAAAAAAGAUACAGAAGGCGGGGGCGUGGAGGGGGAUUCAAACGCUGCAGCGAAUCAUUCUGCAAAUCCCAGCUCCAAUAGGCAAAUUUGCUUUUGCUUACGCUGGCAGAAAGCUGGAAGAUUGCUGACUUCCGACCCCGCUGGAUUUGGCACAGGCGACUUUUAAAGCUGCCUGAAAGCGCUGUAUCCCGUAGGAAGGCUUUGUCCAGGGAGAAGGAUUUGUCCAGACACCGGUUGGAGCCACCCCACACUGCCCAGUGCCGUUCCCAGCCUGGAUGGAGCCACUGGGGGACGCUGAGCUGGGCUGGACCUGCUUUUGGGAGGGCUCCCACAGCCGGGAUGGCCACGGGCUUGGCCCCGUUGGUGACACACGUGCAGUGAGGAGAGACCCCAAAAAGGGACUCGGAUGUACUUCAGCAAUGACGCAAAGUGUGUCUCAUCCUUAGAAUCCAUCCCCUACUCCAGGAGGCUUUAAAGGAGCAUCACCACGCCCAGAACAUCACACCAUGAACGGGUACUUGAACGAAUCCAACUUCCUGAUGGUGGAGGAGGGCUUCACCACCAGAGACCUCCUGGAGACCCUCCUGGGGGAGCUGUGCCAAGAGAGCGACCAGCAGGCCUUCUUCGUGGCAGACCUUGGGGACAUCGUGAAGAAACACCUGCGUUUCCUGAAGGCCUUGCCCCGAGUGAAACCCUAUUUCCCAGUUAAAUGCAACGGCAGCGAAGGGGUGAUUCGGCUGCUGGCAGAGCUGGGGGCAGGAUUUGCCUGUGCCAACAAGGCAGAGAUCACCCGGGUCCAAGGCAUUGGGGUCCCAGCUGACAGGAUCUUCUACAGCAGCCCCUGCAAGCAGGUCGCCCACAUCAGGUACGCGGCCACCCGCGGGGUCAGGCUGAUGGCCUUCGACAACGAGGUGGAGCUGAGCAAGGUGGCCAGGAGCCACCCCCGUGCCAGGAUGUUGUUGGGGAUCACUGCUGAGUCCAUCCCUCCUGCCCACCCGAGCAUGACCUUUGGGAGCACGCUGAAAUCCUGCCGGCACCUGCUGGAGACAGCGAAGGAACAGGCUGUGGAGGUCGUUGGCAUCAGCUUCCACCUCGGGAGCCGUGGGCUGGAGCCCCAGGCCUGGGCCCAGGCUGUGGCCACAGCACAGCUGGUGUUUGACAUGGGCACGGAGCUGGGACACCACAUGCACCUCCUGGACAUCGGGGGGGGGUUCCCCGGCACUGAGGACACCAGAGCCCCGCUGGAAGAGAUCGCUGCCGGGAUAAACUCUGCCUUGGAUUUGUACUUCCCCGAGGGCAGCGGGGUGGACGUUGUUGCCAGGCCUGGGCGUUAUUAUGUCACCUCUGCCUUCACCUUGGCUGUCAGCAUCACUGCCUUGGAGGAGAUCCCCAUGGAGCAGCCUGGCUCUGACGAGGAAGAGUGUGGCAGCAAGAAGAGCCUGGUCUAUCACCUCAGUGAUGGCAUCUACGGUGCCUUCAGCUGCCUCCUGUUCGACAGCCCCUGCCCCAGGCCUCGGCUGCACAAGAGACCGUGCCCGGAGCAGCCCUGGCACAGCAGCAGCCUGCGGGGCCCGCCGGGGCCCGCCGAGGAUCGCAUCGCCGACGGGCUGGAGCUGCCCCAGCUGCACGUGGGGGACUGGCUGGUUUUUGGCAACAUGGGAGCCUACACCAUGCCAAGCUCAUCGCUGCUGACGGCGGGUCCCCAGGCACGGGUCACCUACGCCAUGUCCCGCGUGGCCUGGAAAGCCGUCCAGCUCUUCCAGGGAAAGCCACCCCAGACUGAAGACGACCGUGAGAGCCUCUGCACACCCCUGUCCUGCGGCUGGGAGAUGGCAGAGACACUUUGUGUCACCCCUGUCUUCGCUCCAGCUGGCAUCAUCUGAGCAGCUCCGGGGAAGGAGCCACCGUGGGAAAGGUCCUGUGGUGGCACUGCCAGGGGAAAUGUCCCAUAAUGGUAUCGGGGUGGGAAAAAUCCCAUGGCAGCACCAGGGGAAAAGGUCCCACGGUGGUGCUGGAGGGAUAAAAAUCCUACAGAGGGAAAAGCAGGAUUUUUACAGCCUAAAAAUCCACAGUGGGAAAAGUCCCAUGGCAGUGCCAGAAGGGAGAGGUCCUGUGGUGGUACCAGAGGGGGGAAGGAUCCCAUGGCAGUGCCAGGGAGGGGGAAGAUGCCAUCCUGCCUCUGGCAUCGCCCCGCUCUGCUCUCAUGGAUUUGGAGGUAAAUCCUGUCCCAUAAAUCCUGCUCCUCCA